AUGGACUGGGCGUUUGCUUCCUCAAUUCCUGAAUCGAUGCUAUUGGCCACACCGGGAUUGCCACAGUACCGAGAUGAGACCAAUCCGGAGGAGUUGCGUGUGCCCUUCAAAGAUGGCUUUAUUGCCGCCAUACCCGAAGAAUUUACCGAAGAGAGGACAACCCAUAAAUAUCGCAAAUUGCUUGAGCGGGAUCAAAUAUUCUGGAGAUUGAGUCGACCCCUUAACUUUGACUCUAUUGAUGACUACAGCCUCUUUUCUACGGUCUGGCACUCCGUACAUGGUCCCGAGAAGGACCUGGGGCAAUACUUUCUAGAACAGCGACAUUCACCCAACUACACCCGUCUUUAUGAAGAACUUCAAAAGGAGGAUCAGCCAUUUUCAAAAAUCGACAAAGAUGAGAAAGAUUAUUUUCGAAACAGAGAUUUCAAAAAAACAAUAGCUAAGAAGCUGACGCUCGUGUCUGAAUGGGAAGGUACAGUACAUUUUCAAUAA